AAAACCGUAAACAUAUGUCGGAAGAGUCCAUUUGGUUCAUUGCGGUUAACUGAAGACAUUUCCAAUUUUGUCGUCUCGUCUCCACUUUGUAAUGCUUUCCGAUUUCGCCGGAAAUUGAAAAGGAAACCUAAAAUUAGCCAAAAACGGAUCCAUCAGGGGGGGGGGAAAAGUGAGAAAAUGCCGUCGCAGAUUCUCCAAAUCUCACAUCUUCCACCUAAAUCCUCACCAUCCACCGAAAUGAUGUUCAAGUCUUUGAUUUACGACGAUCCUUCAACGACCCUCCUCUCUUCUUCUUCUUCUCGAUUUAAUGAUGACCACUCCAUUUCUUCUACCGUUAAGCCUCUCCUCUCCCGCGCUUCCAGCUACAACGGCGCCGUCACGCCCAAUAAUAAUAAGGGUGGUGGGUUAACUGGUUGGUAUCAGAACAGACGGCGACGAUCCAACAGCGAUAACUGUCUCUCUGCGUUUCCGGAUCAUACUAAUGGAAGCGACGGUGGUAAUAGCGGCGAUCGUCAAACUAUUGGUCAGGAGGUUGGCCACGCCGCUGCUGAGACCUUCUUGUUGACUCGUCUUUGUUUGAAGCUCCUUAGCUAUCUUGGGGUAGGUUAUAGAUGGAUUACAAGAUUUAUGGCACUUGGCUGUUAUGCAUUUCUACUAAUGCCUGGCUUUAUUCAAGUCGGAUAUUACUAUUUCUUCUCUCCUUAUGUUCGCAGAAGUAUAAUUUACGGUGAUCAACCAAGAAACAGGCUUGACUUGUAUCUACCUAAGAACUCCAAUGGUCCAAAACCAGUUGUGGCGUUUGUGACUGGUGGAGCCUGGAUUAUUGGUUAUAAGGCGUGGGGCUCUCUUUUAGGACAGCAGUUAUCAGAAAGAGAUAUUAUUGUGGCAUGCAUAGAUUACAGGAAUUUUCCGCAGGGAUCUAUUAGUGACAUGGUCAAAGAUGCUUCUUCGGGCAUCUCAUUUGUUUGCAAUCAUAUUGCUGAGUAUGGAGGUGAUCCAAACAGAAUAUAUCUGAUGGGUCAGUCUGCUGGUGCACAUAUCGCGGCUUGCACCCUUGUAGAGCAGGUCAUUAAAGAGUCAGGGGAGGGGGAUAGUGUCUCUUGGAGUAGUGGACAAAUAAAUGGUUAUUUUGGUCUAUCUGGAGGGUACAACCUUUUGAGCCUUGUGGACCACUUCCAUAGCAGGGGGCUGUACCGUUCCAUCUUUCUAAGUAUCAUGGAAGGAGAGGAAUCAUUGAGGCAGUAUUCUCCUGAACUAGUAGUGCAAGACCCAAAUCUCAAACACAUUGUUUCUCGUCUCCCACCUAUUAUCCUGUUCCAUGGUACUGCUGACUACUCCAUCCCUUCAGAUGCAAGUAAGUCUUUUGCGGAAACCCUCCAGAGGCUUGGAGCGAAAGCAAAAGUGAUCCUUUACGAAGGGAAAACUCACACAGAUUUGUUUCUUCAGGAUCCAAUGAGAGGUGGCAAAGACGAGAUGUUUGAAGAUAUAGUAUCAGUAGUUCUGGCAGAAGAUCAAGAAGCGGCUGGUAAAUGCGUAGACAGAAGGCGUCUUGUGCCUGAAUUCAUGUUGAAGUUGGCUCACUGGGUCAGUCCGUUCUAACUCCGGCAUUCUUAUCUCUAAAAAGCCUUCUUUCGAGAUACUGACGGACCAGUGUUUAUAUUACUUAACAAGGAAGCAGAUCCACUAUACUUUAACUACACAUGUUUGAACUUUGAAUAUGAGUAAUUAAUGAUAUUGUAUUCCAGUUUGCAAUACACUCAUUCACAGUGUGUUAUUGUAACAACAAAGUGCAUUAAAGAAACAAGUCUUUAUUGACUUUGUCUCAUUUUACUA